UCAGAAGCCAUUGUUAUACACCAUGGAGCUCUUCACCAAAACAAAGGCCAUCAAACUCCGAGCCCACAACGACAAGUACCUAGCCUCCGAUGACGACAAACAAACCAUCCGCCAGAGCCGCACCCGUGCAUCCCGUAAAACCAUAUGGGUGGUCGAACCAGUGGAGCAGAAUCCUAAAGCCAUCCGCUUGAGAAACUGCCACGGGCGUUACCUGAGCGCGUCGGACCUACCAAUCCUACUGGGAAUGACCGGGAACAGGGUAAUCCAGGAUCCGCCGGAUAAAUCCUCGGACUGGAUGGUGCAGUGGGAGCCGGUGCGGGAAGGGUUCCAGGUGAAGCUGCGGAGUUGGUGUGGGACGUUUUUGCGGGCGAAUGGAGGAACGCCGCCGUGGAGAAACUCAGUGACUCACGACGAGCCGCACAGCUCCACCACCGGAAAGUGGAUUUUGUGGGACAUUGAGGCCGUGAAUUUGGAGCCCGGGACGGCGUUUGCUGAUGUGGCCGAGAAUCGCAUCUCCUCCACUAAGUUCAAUUCCAACAUGGAUUUCUUCCGCAACGCCAAGGUCGUCCGCCUCCGGAGCCAUAACAAGAAGUAUUUGUUCGCCGACGAAGACGAGGAGUCUGUUACUCAGAGUCGGAACGGAUCGUCGGAGAAUGCGAGAUGGAGUGUUGAGUUUGUUAAGUACUCCGAUUCUAUAAUCCGCCUCAAGAGCUGCUACGGCAAGUACUUAAUGGCCUCGAAUCAGCCGUUCUUGCUCGGAAUGACCGGCUUGAAGGUUCUUCAGACUCGUCCGGAGCGGUUGAACUCCUCGCUUGAGUGGGAGCCGAUCAAGGAACGCUCGCUUGUGAGACUUAAAACGCGGUACGGUAAUUUCUUGAGAGGCAACGGCGGUGUUCCGCCGUGGCGGAACUCCGUCACUCACGAUGUGCCGCAUCGUACCGCUACUCAGGAAUGGAUUCUAUGGGAUGUUGAUGUUGUCGAAAUCGAGAUUCAAUCUUCUGUUCACAAAACCCUAGCUCAUCCCGAACCCGAACCCGACCCGGAUUCUUCUCUUGAAUUGAGUUCGACAUCAUCUUCUGUUUCAUUUGAAUCUGCAAAUCCUUCAAGAUCUGAGUCGAAUAACUCUGGAGCGUUGAACUCACCACCUAAAUCGGAAGGGAGGAGGAUAUUUUACCAGAUUGCUGAUGAUGAGGGGGAGGAUGAAGAUUCAGAGAGGCAUUCUUUGAAUUUCAAUGGAAAAGGAGUGGAGGAAUUGAGCCAUAAAUUGGAGGAAGUGACUGGAAUUGAAGACGUAAUUGUUUGUACUCGUAGUCCACUGAAUGGGAAGCUUUAUCCUCUUCGAUUGCAGCUUCCUCCCAACAACACAACUUUGAAAGUUGUUCUGGUUUCGAAAUCUUCAAAACUGGGAAUUGAGUUUGAGAAGGAAGGUUUGAUAUAAAGAACAGAGAGUGAUUGAUCUGGAAACAGGGGUGAGGCUGGAGCAGAACACAAACAAGAACACAAAGAUUCUAGUUAGUAUUGGAUUACUGUUUUUGGGUUUUAAUUUACAGUAUUGUGAUUGUAAAUAUAAUGUGUUAGAAGCAGCCAUUGAAUUCAAAAUCUAAAUUCAAACAGAAAAGAACUCUGUUCUUCCACAGA